AUGAUCAAUCGAGAGGAGUAUGAGGCCUACGAACAACGCCGCCAGGAAGCUGAAGCCUCCGGGACUAAUUUACCCACGGACGACGUUGUCCGACCGCGCGUUCCGUUCGAGGCUUGUUUAGCUUCUUGGAGCAACACAGAACUGAUCGAAGACUUUAGGACUCCAGCGAGUGAUCCUCCGGGUUUAAAAACGCACGCCCUACGUUCCAGUCGACUGAUAAACUUUCCAGACUAUCUGUGCAUUCAGUUGUCCAAGUUCACUGUUGGCUCUGAUUGGCUACCACGGAAACUGGACGUUGAAAUUGAGCUACCGGUGACAGACGAUCAAGGGAACAUUCGUAUCGAUUUGUCUCGUUUACGUUCAAAGGGUGGUCUACAACCGGGUGAGGUACCGAUGCCAGACUCGGAACCAGCUAUCGCUCCUGCCCCUCCGGCUCUUGUUCCGGAUGAGGCUGUAGUGCAGGAACUAAUGAGCAUGGGUUUCCCGAUCAAUGCCUGUCGACGUGCGUGUAUUGAAACUGACAACUCGGGUUUACAGGCGGCCACAAUGUGGAUCAUGGAACACACGGAUGAUGCGAAUUUCGAUGCUCCUCUGUCGGACGCGGCUGCACGCGGCGCCACUGCGCAACCGCUGCCUGACGAAGAGUCCAUCACAAUGAUGACCUCGAUGGGUUUCACUAGAGAACAAGCGAUAAAAGCUCUGCGCCACACUGGUAACGAUCUUCCGGCAGCCGCCGACUGGGCAUUCAGCAAUCCGGACCUGUUGGACGCUCCCAUGGACGCAGACCAGAGCCCUACUGGUGACACCGGUUCAGUCCAACAGGCAGACAGCAGUCACUCUGUUCAGACCGUGGCCAAACUGCCGCUGUCUGAUGGGAGCCCAGUCUACGAACUCUGUGCUUUCAUCAGUCACAUGGGCAAAUCCACAACGGAUGGACAUUACGUAGCACAUAUCAAACGUUCCAGUUUGGCCAAGUCCAUCCCUGGUGAACCUUCCAGUCCUGGUACCCAACCUGCUUGUGGGGGUCUAGAUCAGGAAUGGAUCAUCUUCAACGAUGAGAAGUGGUUAGAGCGCGAAUCUACUGACCGGAAGGUCCGUGGUUUGAACCCGACCUCUGCCUCUCGACUUCCCCCGUCUAUGCUUGGGCAACCUGGUAGUAUCCCAGCCCUCGUGCUUCUUUUGGGUAGCUUGGCAGCUAGGGUGUUACAGCUGAACGAUCCUGGCCGAAAGGCGCUUCGCGAACAAGCUAAUUACGUCACUUAG